CAUCUACUACAAGAGGAAUGCCCAAGGAAGGAUUCUGGUUCCCAGUAGCUGAUUCUGAACCUGGUUCUGGUCCUGUAGCUGUUUGUCAGAUGGAUUAAAAAGCAGCAGCUGCUUCAACCUGCUUCGUGUGUUUACAGCUCAGCAGACUGUCGGUGCUGCUGGACCAACUCAACUCCUGAUUCUCUGAUGAUCUGUUCAUGUGAGCAGCAGCAGCCUGGCUCUACCUGGACAAGAUGAUGAAGAUGAUGAAGAUGAUGGUGGUCCUGGUCCUCUCCGGUCUCCUCUGUGUCUCAGCUGACGGUAAGUUUCAGUCAGAUUUAAACUCUGAUGGUUUAAACAGUAAACAGGUUGUUAGUUUACUGACAGUCAGUCAGAACAACAGAGUUGUCCCAGGCUAGUCCUAACUCCUAACCUAUGCUUAUUCUGCUCUUAUUUUGAAAGUACUGUAAACCCUAACCCAAAUAGGCUAAACUACAGGAACAGAAUCACACAGACACAUAUAUGGUGAGAAUAACGGUCCAAAAUGAUAUGAAAAAGAGACGCAAAACUACCACAAAGAGACAAACAAACUACAAAGAGAUGCCAAAUGACCACAGAGACCCAAAACAACCCUGAUGGAAACACACAGGACCAAAAAGAUACCAGAUCGCAUAAGAGACAAAGUCCCACAAAGUCCAUUAUCAACACGCCAUUAUCUCCGGUUGAGCUUUAUCUUUUCCUCCACCGAUCCUGUAGGUUUCAGGAGCAUCUUCGCCACGGCCUGUAGUUUCACACGUCUCUUUGCGACUCAACUUGUUCUGUACGUCUGUCGUAAGUCGUCGUCGUCAUCAGCAACUGUCCUCUUGAAUUAGAACAACUUCUUUUACUUUGUCUUUUGAAUCACCAUCAUCUUUUCGUCGCUUGUUGUCAGCCUGCUUCUUCACCAAUGUGCAGCCACAAUCCUUUUGGAUGGUAUUUGUCCUGGUCGUCUUCCAACAAAAGAUCUUUCAGGACCUUACCUUCUUGUUUUAAAUCACAUCACAGCUGCUGUUUCUUGGAUGUUUCUCUCAAGCCAACCCAAGUUGUUUUCCCCUUCCUAACCCUAACCCACAGCAGACAUCGUUGUGGUUUUCUGUUACUGACCGCUCGCCGCCGUCCUGAGAGUCCGAGGAGCCCGGUAGCUUUGACAUUGUCCCAGUCCGUGCGGCCUGUAGCAGCUCCCUCCUAAUAUCUGAGUCAACCUCACAAACACGCUGGCAGACCAUCGCCAGCAAUGUCACAAAUAAACGCUCCAUUUCUGUCCACUUCAGUGUGAAAAGAGCCAUUCAUCCCAAAACGUAAUAAUCCAAGUGACAAAGGUUAUGACCACAAACACACAUCAGAGAAUACAGGAACUACUAGGCUAAGUUGUUUCUUACCAGAGCAAACGUUUGACAGUAGAUCAACAACUUAACUUAAAAUGCUUUUUCACACAAACUGUAAAAGAUAUCAAACUGAAAACCAGUGGCCUAAUACCUGAAUUUCUCGUGAAAAUUGUUAAGUUUGUUUGGUGUCUGUAGGUGAAAUUAUGAAACUUUUGAGAGCAGAAGAAGAUUUGGAGGAUUUGAAGCUUGCUCUCAUUGACUUUUUUUUAAUGCCAGCUUUAAUUCUUUGAAGUAACAAUUAUUUAUGAAAAACCUUUCUACAGAGUUGGUCUAUGAUCAGUCAUAUAUGUAAGGAGUAGAGACAUUUCUCCUAGUCUGUGUGACCUUUCUACAGAGUUAGUUAACUGGUUUGACUUGCUCUAGUGUGGUUUUUGUGUUCACAAUAUGUAUAUUACACAAUAUGUAUAUUACCAUCAAAGUGUUUGUGCAUACAGACUGCAAAGUAAAGAAGUGUUCUAAAUAAAAUGUAGCCCUGGCUACAUUUCAUUUAGAUAUUUAUUGAAAUUAUUGAAAUGCAAUACAAAUAUAUAAAUAUGGUGAAGAAAAUAUAAGUGAAUGCCAUAUGUUAAAAUGGUUACCAUGAAUAAAAGGUUUUAAAGGUAAGAGUUAUAUUUAGAGUUUUUAAAAGUUGAUGCAGUUGAGUGUAGUUUGAGUGAAGUGUACAUGACUCAGCACGUGGAAGGGUCAGCUGACACACAGCUUCACCUGAUAGCAGCCUCAUAUGUCAAUCACCGUCUUUCUUUACUUCUGUUGGAAGGUCAUGACCUAUCAGCCAAUGGAAUUACAAUCCCAGGUAGAGGGGCGGGGCUUAGCUGUCACCUGCAGAGAGCUUCCCGUUGAGAGAGACCAGUCCCGCUGAGUGAAGGACUUGGUCCGGUUUAGGAGGUCGGAGAAGGACUUUGUUCUCCAUUACUGAGGCUCACAACCACUGCUGCUGGCUUUGGUCUGUUGGAGUCUACAAGAGAGACCGCUGCACGGUGUGGGAGGAUCCCCCGUCAGUCCCUGUCCAUGCUGGUCUUCAUCCUGCUGGUGUGAUGAAGACUGUCCAUGCUGGUCUUCAUCCUGCUGGUGUGAUGAAGACUGUCCCUGCUGGUUUCUGUUCUGCUGGUCUUCAUCCUGCUGGUGUGAUGAAGACUGUCCCUGCUGGUUUCUGUUCUGCUGGUCUUCAUCCUGCUGGUGUGAUGAAGACUGUCCCUGCUGGUCUUCAUCCUGCUGUGGUUCCUCCGGUGCUCUGCCUGCUGCCAUCACCAAGUUCUCCUUAUUCCUAGACCCCCUUGGCUGGGAUUGGUGAGUUCUGAGUAUAUUCCACGUGUAUUUAAUUUGAUUGGUUGUGUAAACAAGCUUCUCUUCAGGUCUCCAACAGGUUUUUGGUCUGUAUUGUGAUUGCUGAGUAUGAAUGGGUGAGGGUUUUUGGUUUGUAUUGUGAUUGAGUAUGAAUGGGUGAGGGUUUUUGGUCUGUAUUGUGAUUGAGUAUGAAUGGGUGAGGGUUUUUGGUCUGUAUUGUGAUUGAGUAUGAAUGGGUGAGGGUUUUUGGUCUGUAUUGUGAUUGCUGAGUAUGAAUGGGUGAGGGUUUUUGGUCUGUAUUGUGAUGGAGUAUGAAUGGGUGAGGGUUUUUGGUCUGUAUUGUGAUUGCUGAGUAUGAAUGGGUGAGGGUUUUUGGUCUGUAUUGUGAUGGAGUAUGAAUAAGUGAGUGGGGUUCCACAGAACUAUUCAGGUUUACAUGUUAAAAGGAUUUCUGGUAUUAUUUUAUUGAAACCUAAGCAGAGGUAACAAUUUCUAGUAUACUCUGAAAGCUAUAUUGAGGCAACAUAUUAUUUUGGGUUCAUAAAAAAUAGGGAGUUGUUUCUACUGGCCUCACUUGUGUUUAUGUUCCUAAUACACCAUAUAUGUGUUUUUAUUAGUUUUGUACUUUAAAUAAAUUCCGAUAUCUGGCUUUAUAGUAUUUAAAGCCAGUAUCAUUUUUGGUUCUUAGAUUUUGUACAUGAGGUUUUCAUUCUGAGUAAUCAAGGUUGAGACAAAACUUACAGUACCUAAUUCAUAUUGGAGGCACCGCCAGUUAUUUUAAUAAUCUUGAGAAACUGACCAAUCAGCAGUAAAAUAAAAUCAAAGAAGGAAAACUUCCAGCCGAGCAUUGUUUGAAUUCUGAAAGCUGUAAUGGAAAGUUGGCCACACAGCGCCAGAUGUUAGACAGGGUAUCGACUGGACAGCAGUGACAGGAUCAAAGAAAACUAACACACAGAUCAUUUCUCUUCUUCAUGUAUGCUCAUUUCUCUUAGUUUCAACAUGAGCCAGUCCCAGGUCCUCUGGGGCCCAGGGAUCUGGAUCUACUCCAUCCAGACAGAAACUUCCUAAAGAACAGGGAGUUCUCUAGUUUCAGUCUGAGUGGAUGGAAUGACAGAGAUCUGGUGUUGGUUGGACUGAAGUGAACUUUGAAUGUUUGUCACUUCCACUAAUGUCCUCUUCUCUCUGGACCCUAGUGACCCCCCCCAUCAGCUCCAUCUCCACCUUCCUGUAAGGGAGAUCCCAUUCUCCCAAACAGUGCUGAUCCAGUUCAUCUUCUCCCCAGGAGGCUGGGGGGUCAUUUAUUGUUUUGAAAGGUGUCCCUUGACUGUCAGCUCUCCAUCCAGCCCUGCAUGGCAGUCAAGAAAGGAACCUCCUGGACCAUUCCUGCUGGACCCCCCUCCACUGGACCAUUCCUGCUGGACCCCCCUCCACUGGACCAUUCCUGCUGGACCCCCCUCCACUGGACCAUUUCUGCUGGACCCCCCCUCCACUGGACCAUUCCUGCUGGACCCCCUCCACUGGACCAUUCCUGCUGGACCCCCCUCCACUGGACCAUUCCUACUGGACCCCCCUCCACUGGACCAUUCCUGCUGGACCCCCCCUCCACUGGACCAUUCCUGCUGGACUCACCUCCACUGGACCAUUCCUGCUGGACCCCCCUCCACUGGACCAUUCCUGCUGGACUCACCUCCACUGGACCGUUUCCAUCUCUACAUCAAACCUAUUGAUUGGGGUUACAUCUCCAACCUGGCCUGGGAAGGCCUCGGGAUCCCCAGAAUCCUGGAGCUUUUCUUGUCUACCAUCCACUGUUCAAGUCCCUCACCAAACCAAAGGUCAGAAAACAUGAACCUAAACUCAGCCAGGUUGGUCCUUCACCACAGUCCUCCAGAUAUAUUCAGAACUCUAAAGUCCAAAACUCAGGGUCCAGCUUUUCAGUCCACAACUUUACCGUCCUUCUUAGCAGAGCCCCCCAGGCUUCCUCCAUGUGUUCCCCCCCCUCCUCAGUCUCCUUCUGCCUUGAUGAGUUAUCCCGAACACCUGCACUCCUCCAAAAUCCACGUAGGGAGGUUGGUGGAUGGGUCAAACAACUCAGGACCUUCACCCAGGAGACCGGGGUCCACUGUAUACAGCGUAGACAUACACGCUGAUAGCUCCAAAUGCUUCCAGAUAACACGCCACGUGGAUGUUUACACGAUGUCAUGUUAGUUGUAGAAACCAUUUAAAGUGCUUUAUUUAUAGGGGGGGGAAGUCAGGAUCUGAAACAAGAGGGAAAGGUGAGUACAAAAUAAAACAGGAAGUGCAGAAAAAGACAACAAAUGAGUAACUAAACUUAACAAACUUACAAAGAAGUGUUCUUAAAACCCAUCAGGAGCCUUCUCUUCUUCUUGAGGACGCUGACUUAGAUAGAUAGAUAGAUAGAUAGAUAGAUAGAUAGAUAGAUUUCAACUUUUCAUUUCAUA